AAAAGCUCCUCUCCUCACUCAUUUGUAAUAUAGCUCCUCUCCUCACUCAUUCAAAUAGCUCCUCUCGUCACUCAUUUGUAAAAUAUUUUAUACUUUGAAAGCCUUUAAAUAGCCAUUUGUAAUAGCUCCUCUCCUCACUCAUUCAAAUAGCUCCCCACCUCACUCAUUUGUAAUAGCUCCUGUCCUCACUCAUUCAAAUAGCUCCUCUCCUCACUCAUUUGUAAUAGCUUUCAUCUUCUAAAUUUCUCCAAAAUGGGAAUUCUCUCCAACAAGAUUUCCAGAGAUGAAGUGAGGCCUGGAGAUCACAUCUAUUCAUGGCGUACUACCUACACCUACGCCCACCACGGGAUAUAUGUUGACGAUGGACAAGUCAUAGAGUUCACUCAUACUCCUACAGCUUGGACCUCUCUCUCCAAGAGCAGUUCAUCAACAAAGCUUCCGUGUCGAAUUUGCAGGGGCCGUUCGAAGUCAGGCGGUGUGACUUCCUCUUGCCUUGAUUGCUUUCUGGGCGGAGGAAAUCUAUACCGCUAUGAAUACAAUGUCUCUGGGGCUGCCUUGCUUUUCAAAGUUAGAGGCGGUACUUGCACAUUAGCAGCUUCGGAUCCUCCUGAGGAUGUUCUUUAUCGUGCAAACUUCCUCUUAAGGGAAAACGGGUUUGGUGUUUAUCACGUCUUGGAGAACAACUGUGAAACUUUUGCUAUCUAUUGUAAAACGGGCUUGGUGUCGUGCAAAAAAAAUUGGUUGGGGAGUAGUGGUCAAGCCACUGCGUUUGCUGCAGCUGUUGCCGUUAUUGCCUUACCUGGGCCCGGCUUUUGUGCGUACAAUGUUGCUCGUCUGAUUAAUGACGUAGGCAUGCCAUGGCGCAGAAAGAGCGGCAAUGACGUUAUCAAGGUUCCUGUUGAAGAGCUCGUUGCUACGAGGAAGCCUGCUUGAGCAUUGCUGCCGGUUGCGACUCGCCGUUGAAGAUUUUAUAUUUAUUUUUGUUUUUGUUGAUUCGUGCUUUGUUGAAUUUCCAAAAUUGCUAUAGUUGUUUUUUGUUGAUUCGUGCUUUUAUUAAAUUCUAAAAUUGCUAUAUUUUUUUUGUUGUUGUUGAUUCGUGUUUUUGUUGAAAUAAAAAAAUGCUAUAUAAACUUUUUGUUUUUAAGGCUCGAUCAUAAGAA